AUAUAUAUUGUGAAUAUUUAUGAGUUCUCUGAUUCAAUCGUGUUGAAUUCCAGUAAAGAGUCAGAAGCAGUCAAUAUAGUGGAAGCUUCACUGUUACCGUGUAACGGUGAAAUUGUAGAUGAUGACGUGAUUGACAGGGAAGAGGUCACUGUUGAUAAAUUAAGGGAUAUGCUCGACAAAAUUGACACGACAAAGGAGUCGAUCAGUGACUCAGCUGGUGCGACGAAUGCAUUACGCGACGAGCUUUUGAAGGAUGAGAAAUUCCAUCGUUUUGCAAACAUGAUCUUUUAUUUGCAUGAAUCUGUUCCGUCUAUAAUGACGCAAUAUGUGAGAACUGUUCUCAGAAUGCAUGGCGGUGAGAUUAGCGAUGAAUUGGAGGAUUGCGUAACGCACCUAGUUGUUGAAGAUUGCGACAACGUUAGUGAAGAACUUUCAGCGGCGCAUUCCACCGGAAAAUUGGUGAAUAUCAAAUGGAUCGAAGAAGCGGUUGAGUUAUAG